AUGAAAAUAAACAGUUUCAAGUUCUGAAUUGUGUUCUACCUUUCUGGUGUUUGGUCUAGGCGACUUAUCCGAGGAAAUGUGAAAAAGAAGCCACAGCUACAGGAGAAAAUAAAGAUGAUUGACGGUACAUCCAGCAAUAUGCAUCACGUCAGGCUUUUAAUAGGUGUAGAAGAGAAGACCAUGUGGAGUUCUCUGAACAAGACGACUUCGAGUCCUGAGGAUGUUAACGUAUCAAGAAUAAACGAAACUGGACCGUUAUAUAAUGAAGACGAAUACAUAUUCGAUAGGACCGAUGUUAGAGCUAUUUUCAUAACCUUAUAUACUAUCGUUUUCUGCUGCUGUUUCUUCGGUAAUCUACUAGUGAUCCUAGUAGUAACUUUAUCGAGGCGUCUCCGUUCCAUAACAAACUUCUUUCUUGCGAACCUUGCCGUGGCAGAUUUAUGUGUCGGAGUGUUCUGUGUUUUCCAAAAUCUAACUAUAUAUCUUAUACCGAGUUGGAUAUUUGGAGAUUUUCUGUGUAAAAUGUAUCAGUUUGUUCACUCGUUGAGCUAUACUGCGUCCAUUUUUAUAUUGGUCGUGAUAUGCACGGAACGUUACUUCGCAAUAAUACAUCCAAUUACUUGCAAGCAGAUUCUGACAUCGACGAGACUUAGGUUGGUGAUACUUGGUGUAUGGAUCACUAGCGCCGCGUAUAGCGCCCCGAAAUUCAUAUGGGUGGAAACGAUAACAAACGAUUUGGGCAACGGGCAAAUGGAGACUAUAUGCAUACCGCAUCGCAGGAAAUAUAACUCGGAAAUAUUCGAUAUGGUGAACUUCGGGCUGCUCUACGUGACCCCGCUCUGUGUUAUGACUGUACUUUACACGCGGAUUGCCGUGGGCUUGUGGCAGAGCUCACACACACUUCAGAGCCUCGGACGUGUUCAAUGCUGCGCAACGGAAUGUCCUCGACCUGAGAAACCUCGCACUGCUAAUUACGAGCCGCAACGUACCUUUGUCGGUGCUACCGAGGACAAGGACGGAGUGUCGACAAAAGUAAAAGGUCCUCCAGCUAAAAAUGUUCGCACUUACGAGCCUCGCGACUGUCACCACCUGAGCCACUUGUCUCGCAACGUGCUGCGCGCGCGUCGCGGUGUCGUGCGGAUGCUCAUCGUCGUCGUCCUAACGUUCGCCAUCUGCAACUUACCAUUCCACGCACGCAAGAUGUGGCAGUACUGGUCCAGCGGCUACGAGGGAUCGAGUGACUUCAGUACACUUUUGACGCCGUUAACGUUCCUCAUUACGUAUUUCAACUCGGGGAUAAACCCUCUCCUGUACGCGUUCCUCUCUAAGAAUUUUAGGAAAGGCAUGAAGGAGUUAUUAUUUUGCAACUACCGCGCCAAAAGGAAGAACGAUCAGAUUAUAGUUUUGAAUCCAGUAGGCGGUGGAGUCCUGCGACGCAGCUCGACCCGGUCUACCCGCGCUAACUGCAGCACGAUUACGAUGGCGGCUAACGGUGACUCGUGAGAUUUAAGACGGCGGCGCUUUAUUCAUAGGAUGGAGAAUAUUGACGUUUCCUGAUUAACGGAAAGCACGGAUGAAGUGACUGACAGUAGCGGUCUCUACACCGUGUCUACAAUCUCCAAAAUGGACCUAUACGGCUAAACUCACGUACGUCGAACUCUCCUAUCCGAAUAAAAGUGCUCGUAUGACUGUUCUCUCGACUCCUGACAUUUGGUAAGUCUGAUCGUGAACGAUCUUGAUUAUGACGAUCUCAUGAGCUUAAUUUUAAUAAGUUUUAGUGUGUAUUUUUAUUAUACGUGUACUUAGAUUACACAUGUACAUCGAAUCCAAAUGCAUGUCAUAUGAAGACUUUCACAAGUAAUUGCGAUACAUAUCUUGUACAAAAUGAAAUAAUGAUUUCAUUGGCUUGUAAUAAAACAAAGUUAUAAU